CCCGCCACAACCUCCUCUUCUCCCCUGCGACAAAGACGACGCAAGCCCUCGCCUCUCCCAACUCCUCCAAACCCUCGCCGACUCAGAUCCAGCUGCCCCGCGCCGCCGUCGCCAUGCCUUUCACUCCGGGCCCCUACUCCGGCGUCAGCACCCUCGCCCUUGUGGCCAGGGCGUCUGCCUUCAGCGUCGGUGUCGUCUACGGGAGCAUCAAGCUCUCAAUCCUCAAGGCAACAAAACCUAAAAAGGAGGAAGCACAUGCUCAUCACUAAGCAUGGCAGGGCUGCUACAUGUUAAUUCCUAUGGAAGGAUGUUAUAAAUUGGCAUUGCACCCUUUUCUCCAUACGUGCAACUUGGUUUAUGAUUUGUGGAUCUCUUGUCUGUAACACCUGCGAGUUACCUUAGGUUUGUGUCAUAAUAAAUUCUUAUCCAAUGACUUGAAAUCAGGAAGGAAGGGGAAAAAAAUUAAAGAACCCAACUUUUGUUUUGUGAGGUUGCAAAGUUAGGACAUGGCCUCUUGAAUUUCGGUCAUGAGGAUCGGCCUUGCCGAUUCUGUUUUGUUGCGACGAUGUGCAAUGGAUGGUUUGUGCGGAAUGAUGGCACUUAUUGUUUUCGUAA